ACAGCUUGGAUGCUCUAUAUUCAGGUUGCUUUGUAUAAAGCUAAAACAACGUGUAUUUGGGUAAUUUGUAUGUUCUAUCAACUUCAUUUUUUGGAAUACAUACCAUUACCAACUAUCGAAUCAAUGUCAGCACCAUGGAGGCCUGCAGCCUGUCCACCAGGACUGGAAUAUUUGACACUGAUUGAUCAACUGCUUAUUCAUCAACAAACAAAGCUUAUUGAAAUUCUUCUAGGCUGCAAGAGUAACAACAAAUAUCAAAUUAAAAACAGUUUAGGACAAAAGGUAUUUUUUGCGGUGGAAGAAAACGACUGCUGUACCCGAAACUGGUGUGGGCCCCUGCGUCCCUUUACCAUAAAGGUCCUGGAUAAUUAUGGCCAAGAAGUUUUAACCCUGAGCAGACCUUUGAAAUGUGGUAGCUGCUGCUGUCCCUGUUGUCUUCAAGAGUUAGAAGUGCAAGCCCCGCUAGGCAAUCCAAUUGGUUACAUCAGUCAAGACUGGCAUCCCUUAAAACCUAAAUUCACCAUUCAGAAUGAAAGAAAGGAGCCUGUCCUGAAACUUGAGGGCCCAGGUCCUGAUUGCAUAUGCUGCUCUGAUAUUAUCUUUGAGGUGAAAUCUGUUGAUGACACUCAUGUAGUUGGCAAAGUCUGCAAGCAAUGGAGUGGCUUUCUUAGGAAGACAUUUACUGAUGCCGAUAACUUUGGAAUACAGUUCCCUAUGGACCUGGAUGUUAAAAUAAAAGCAGUAAUGAUUGGAGCAUGCUUCCUCAUUGACUUCAUGUACUUUGAAGAAAAAUGAUGACCAAGGUUAACCAUCAUUCUGUAUGUGAGAGUCAAGGCUGUGGACCCACUGCAUCCAUGUUCCUUUUGGGGGCAUCUAUUUGAGUUCCACAAGAAGAAAACAGAAGACAUUUAUCUCUAAAAAGUUACCACAUGGUUUUUAACUUGAAUAGCUAUUACAUCUCUUUUUUUUUUUUUUUUUUAAUUAGUAAUGUAUGUUUCUCGUUUUUUUAAAGGGACAAACAAAUCUAAUACAGUGUAUAAUUGUAUACAACUAUGGCCAAAGUUUUGCAUAUUUUCCUUUAUAAAGUCAAAACCUGCUGAAUAAUGUUAUGUU